CCUAAGCCUCGCCCCAAGCUUGCCUACAACACGCCCGUGAUCCGCCUAACCACGCCUCAAUUCCCACCGCACCUUCAUGUGCCCGGCACCACUAUCUCGUCGUGGGCGGACCGACGAACCGCCAAGGUGCACUGGCUGGCAAUCAACGACUAAAUAUCCGUCGAGUGGCAGCAUCUCGGCAGCUCCCCGUCCCCGACCCUCUUCCCCCAAAAGCAAUGCACCCCGCGUCCCACACGUUGGAACCAAUGAAAUUCCGCCCUCCAACCAAGCCUCAAUCGGACCGGUUAGGUUGCCUAGCAAUUCCUGCCGCUGUACAUCUGGUACCAACGUCAAUUCGCCUUGCGCACCGCAUCUGACCAUCCAAACCUCAGUUCGUCGUUCAUAUCGUCUAAUAACAACUCCCUGUGCGUACUUCUCUUGUCAAUGCAGCAUCCGGGGUGCUUACUUCAUCGCUAAAUGCAACCCACCGUUCGCCCUGCCGAUGAACAAUUUACCUGACUUGCCUGGGAAGAGCAUUCUACAUGUACAUUCAACGAGCCUAUGCUUGGAGUAAGCCUGGGGAUUCGUGGUUCAAUCAUCACCUCCCUGGCUAUGACCACAUGUCAUGGAUGCUUGCUCACAGCUGAUGCCCGCGAGGAAGAAAUCGAGCAG